UUAAAUUCAGGGUCACACUUGAUAACUGCUAAUGAACCAAAUUUACAACCCCAAACAGCACAACUGGAAUAUUUGUAUUAAUAUAGCAUUGGGAAUAACUAACAUGCUGUUACCAAUUAUUAUUCUCAUCUUGUGGGUUUCCUGUGCUCAUGGACAAGGAGGAACUUGUGAUUUUCCAGAAAUCAAACAUGGAAACAUAUAUGAUGAAGACAGAUAUAAACAAAGCUUCCCAGUUGCCAUAGGAAAAUAUUUUUACUAUUCCUGUGAUCGUAGCUUUGCGUCUCCUUCACAAACACUCUGGACUCAAAUAAUCUGCACAGAGGAAGGAUGGUCACCAAUGCCAAAGUGUAUCAGGCAGUGCUUUUUCCCUUGGGUGGAAAAUGGUCAUUCGACAUCUUCAGGACAGACACACCAGGAAGGUGACACUGUACAAAUUGUCUGUAAUGCGGGCUAUAGCCUUUUAUACAAUCAGAGCAACCUUAGAUGUACAGAAAGUGGCUGGUCCACUCCCCCUACAUGCAGUCAGCUGGACCCUCAGAGAAAAUGUGGGCCCCCUCCACCUAUCGACAAUGGAGACAUUACCUCAUUCCCAUUACCAGCAUACGCCCCAGGAUCAUCAGUUGAGUACCGAUGCCAGGCCUUCUAUGCACUUCAAGGAAACAGGAAUGUAAUAUGUAGUAACGGACAGUGGUCAGAACCACCGAAAUGCUUAGAUGCAUGUGUGGUAUCAGAAGAAAUGAUGGAAAAACAUAACAUACAGUUACGAUGGAGACAUGAGAAAAAAUUUUAUUCUAGAACAGGGGAUAAUAUUGAAUUUAUAUGUAAAGUUGGCUAUCAUAGAAAGUCACCAGGUCAUGCAUUUCGAAUAACCUGUCAGGAAGGGAAAGUGAUAUAUCCCACUUGUGUACAAAACGAUGGUUAAGAUGCAGUCCUAAAAUUAAAAUAUGUACAUUUAUUCCAGAGUUUUCAUUAUGAAUCCAAUUCUUCUCAGUUAUUUUUUCAACUGUUAUUUAACUCAUUUUUAUUCAUAAAUCAGAAUUUGUGUUAAAUAGCAUGUGGAUGAUAUAACCUGAGACACAAAUGAAUCAUUUCUUAAGAGCACCAUGUUAAAACUUGGUGAACCAAAAUGCUAUGUGUCCUAUUGAUAAAAUGUCGGUGGCAAGAAAUUAGUUGUGAUCACGUCAAUGCCUGCUUCUUUCCAUCCUUCUCCUUUCUCAAAGCUUUCUUCAUAACUCCUGAGGCUUCCUGAGGCUCUCCCUUUCAGAGGAAAUGGGGAAAAAAUGCUUGCAUUAAUCUUCAAAAUCAUAUUACUUCACAAACACAUAGAAACCUAACUGUGUCAUACCUAUGUUAGUAAUAAGAUAUAAGAAGUUAUUUACUUUUGCUUAUCUCUCAAUAGAUAUAUAAGCGCAAAAAAUGAUGAAAUGUAUGAUCUCCUAUAAGAUGUCUAUCUAGCAAACGUAAGAAUUCAAACUAAUCAUAAAGAGGAAUUCAAAUCUAAUUAGAUGCAUAACUAUUAUAACAUUAAAAGUGAUUCAAAAGUCCAGUAUCAAGUAUACACACACAUACGCACACACACACACACACACACACACACACUAUGCUUUGAACACUGAAUAAAUGUUUAUAGAAUAAAGGCUGGGAGAAAGCACAAAAAUUUAUAAUAACUAUAAUUGAAUUUAUAGAUAAUAGAGGAAAGAGUAGCUGUUUAACUCCUUUAUACAUACCUGUAUUGUCCAAUUUUUCUAUCUUUAAUAUAUAUCACCUUCGAACCAUAGAAUACGUCAUUUUAAGAUAAAGAUAUGUAAAAAGUAAGAUAAUACACAUUCAGAGCUAUAAAGACCUCUGGUGAUUAUGUUCAGAUCUAAAAACAUUUUCAUGAUUUUGCUGGUAUGGAGGGCUUUGGUAACAUUCAAUGACAAGAGUCUGAAAUGAGAUUUUUAUGUUCAUACAUUUCCAACAACAUAAUUAGUUAAAAUCAGUUGACUAUAAACAUUUUAAAUUUCUACAAAAGCACAACUUGAAGAUGAAAAUAAAGAUAUACCUAAUUAAGAUAAAAAUAUUAUAAGGUGAUAUCUUGUAACUUUGCAUUGCAUCAAAUCAAGCAGCAUUCUUGCUUAGAAUGAGAAACCUGGCUGUCACCAAUGGAGUCAUUUUAUCCACAUGUGAAUCACUGGUGACAGCCGGUUUUCUCAUAUAUAAAGGAACACUGUUAGAAUU